AUGUUCACGUCCAUCCCCAUCAUCGACCUGUCAGAGGACACCCCAACCAUCCUCGCUAAACUGCGACCAGCUCUUUUCAACGUGGGUUUCUGCUACAUCAAAAACUAUGGAGUGGACCCUGGUCUCAUCCAACGAGUGACCGAGCUCGGGAAACAACUCUUUGAUCUUCCCCAAACCGAGAAACAACGUAUCGACAUGUCCAACUCGCCCCAUUUCCUCGGAUACUCGCGUCUCGGAGACGAAAUCACCAAAAACCAGACAGACUGGCGCGAACAAAUGGAUCUGGCCACCGAACUGCCUGCCCCCAAGGACGACGAACCGCUCUACAGACGCCUGCGAGGCCCCAACCAAUGGCCUGAUGAAAAGCUCAUUCCUGGCUUCAGACAGGCCUUUGAGGCGUACAUUGAACAAAUGGGCCCCGUGUCGAUCCACUUUGUGUCUCUGAUUGCACAAGCUCUGGGUUUGGAGGCGGAUGCCUUCGCGCACCUGUUUGAGCAACACCAGCAGCACAAGCUCAAGGUGGUGCGGUAUCCCGAUGUGGACGAGGUCAAGGUGAAGGUUGAGGGAGAGACAAAGGUCAAGGGAGGUGUCAAGAAAGAAGAUCCAGUUGAUAUUGAUGUCAAGCUGGAGCCUCAGGAGUCCUCCCUACAUGCAGACGAGACUAAGGUGAAACUGGAGGAUGAGCCUGUUGAGAUCAAACAAGAUGAUGAUUCCAUCGAACGAAAGGCAUCCGUCAAGCAGGAGUGCCAUGCCGAACGCUCCAUCUACACUCAAGGAGUGGGGCCUCACAAGGACUCGGAACUGACAUCUUACCUGCUGCAAUGCACUCCACAUAGAGGUCUCCAGGUGCUCAAUUCCAACAACGAAUGGAUCGAUGUGCCACCGAUUGAAGGCACCUUGGUGGUGGCUAUGGGUCAAGCCAUGGAGGCUCUGACUCGGGGAUACUGUGUGAGCACCACUCAUCGAGUUCUAGCGCCCGAGGCUGGGUCUGGUUCCCGAUUCUCAAUUCCCUUCUUCCAGGGAAUUUCCUAUGAUGCCAACUUCCGAGACUUCAAACUGCCUUCUGAGGUAGAAGAGAGUCUCAAGAAGAACAAGGUGGUGACUGAAGACACGGGUCAGUACAGACACGACAUGUUCAGCAAUAUUGGAGAAGCCACGUUCAUGAACCGGAUCAGAAGUCAUCCUACAGUUGCCAAACGAUGGUAUAAAGACGUGAUUGAUGUCACCAAGCUGGACACCUUGCCCAGAGUGCUCAGCCGUCUCAGCCGCAUCUUCGCAGGAGCUGAGAAAACAAUGAUGUUCCACAACUCGCCUCUUCCUCUCAGUUUCGACGACUUUGCCAGAUCGGUUCUUGAGUACUCGCACGAGAAGGUGACUCGAGAUGAUCUUUCACAGCUCUUCGCUCUCUGGCCCAAUUUGUACAGAACCGAGGUUCGACGCGAUGGAAUGCUCAUGUUGUCUCUUGAGAAUAUCACCUCUGUGGCUCUUACGCAGACAAGAGACGCUCGUCAGAAGCAGUUUGACGACCUGUGUUGGAAAUGGCUCAGACAACAUCCGGUCACGUGGUCCAAAGGUCCAGAAAUUGAUCAGAAGAAGCAGUCAUCUUUUACGAAGAAGAGAGGCAUUUCUGAAACUGCAGAGUCGCUCAGAAAGACUCCGGUCACGAAGCAGCGCAUUUUCAAACUGGCUAAGCCCGAUACCAAGCUUGGAGGCACGGUGUUGGAGCGGAUCAAGGCCCGGAAAGCGGCUUCGGCGCAUCUUAACAAGAAGUCCGAACAGGAGGAGAAGUCUGAGUCCCAACAGCGGUUCCUCGACUCCAAUAUCCCACGAGUGGUAGAUGUGCUUGUGGGGGCUGGUAAGGGUAACAGUACAUCUAUUCCCAUGGAUAGGGCUAUUCGAAUGGUGAAUGACUCUGUGAGAAGGAACUUGUCGGAGAAGGAGGCAAGAGCCAUUCUGGUGAGAGUCAGCCAAGUUGUUCCCAGUUUCUGUAAGCUGGUAGAGGUAGGAGACCAGGCGGUGUUGAGACUUGGUAAGAAGACGAGAGGAGCGGUUCAGGCGGAGUUGAGGGAGUUUGAGGAGUCUGAACAUUCAAAGUAA